UGUCUUACCGGAGUGGAGCUCUCAUGAGUCCGUGCUGUAGGUGCAGUCGCGGUAGCAUCGUCGUGAGUGAUUGAUCAUUUUAUUGAUCCAAACACAGUGCCAACGCAGUCACGCCAAAAGCACUUCUUCCGGUGCAUCCUCUCUCUGGAACACUCGCAGUGUAGUGUGCAUUCGUGUGAAAUUCCAGAACUGUAGAACGCAGGCUGAUUGUGAGGUGAUCAUUUGCUCGAAAGUAGGCCACGAAUACGUAAUCAUUUGUAAACACAGCAUCAUCGCCAGCCAUAAUCGAUCGCUAGUAUGCCCGAGUUUGUGAUUGAGAAACGCAAUAUUCCAGUGCUGACCGUUUCGUCGCGGGAUGGUACCGUCGGCACGGGUCCCGAGAAUGGCGAAAACCCCCUAGGAUUCCGCAUCACAGGUGGCGCUGACUUCGAAAUGCCGGUCACGGUGUUCCAGGUGUCUGAGGGCAGCCCGGCACAGAAAGCCGGCCUCCAACUGGGCGACCAGGUCCUGAAGAUCAACGGGGCCGACGCGUCGGCCAUGCGCCUCGCCACGGCCCAAUCCGUCAUCAAGCAGGCCGGCGAACAGCUGCAGAUGAUCGUCGCAAAAGACAACGAGGAAAACCGCAAAGCCGAAGAACAGGGAAAACCGAAGGAAACGACGGAGGUUAAGUUCAUAGGUAACGAGCAGGAGCCAGAAGCCGAUGUCACUAACAAACCUGCCCCAAAACCCAAAACCGACGAUCGUGAGAACUGGACCCAGCCGCCGGAGCGUAAAGUGUGGCACCCGAUCGUUUGGCAGCAACCACCGCCGCCGAUCCCACCGGACCUGUACGGCAAGGAUGCUCCUCAUCAGCAGCUGAUCGCCAACAUUCGCCGGCUGCUCACAGAAACGCGCUCCAAACCGCAGGAGCAGCUAAGACACAUCGAACGCAUGAUGCUGUCGCUGCCGACGGGCUCCCGGCGAGAAGAGGACGAAGAGGAGGAACCUAAGCCGGUUCCAAAGCCAAAGAAGAAGAAGAAGGCAAAGACGGCUCGCAAAGGGGCCACCGCACCUCGACCGCGCCUGGACAGCGAAGGGUCGGAGGAUGGCUCCGUAUCGGAAGCGUCGUCUGCGAUUGCCCACCCGGCGGAACCUAUUCCGGAAGAAGUGACUGCCGACGCCUGAGUGCAGCGCGCUCGGAGCCCAGCAGCUCAGGAAGCGGCCAACCCAAUGUUGUAGGCUAAACAUUAUAACUUUUGUUUAAAUAAUGUGACCCGCUUUACAUAGCGGCCACUGAUUAUUUUAGACGUAAAUAACCGACCAAAUCAGUUUUUAUUUUGACGCGAUUGCAUAGGCAAUGCGACAGCUGACGUAGUUAGUGUAUUGAAUGAAACGAAAAUGAAUUGUUAAAUCCUGUUGUUUCUUUGCUCAAUGUACUUAACCUCGAAAUGUUC